GAGGGAGAAUGAUAGUGUAAAAUAAUCUACCUCCUUAGGUUGAUCCUAGGGUAUUUAUAGGAUGCUUAAACAUAGUUAUUCUAGGAAUACAAUUUUAUUUAAUUGGUGUUUUGGUAUUCUUAUCCUAUCAGAAUUUAUUCUAUCCAUACAUUGAUAGGAUUAUCUCUAGAUUGUCUACACGUGUCCUAAUUAUCAUAGGACUUGCUUUUAGGGUAUAACAUUUGCCCCCCAACGAAGAAGUUUGAGGAUAACGAAAACUUCAACAAGUGUCUGCCUUUUUGCUCUGCUGAUCUUGAUUUUGAAUUCUGCGCAGGUUCUUUUUUUUUAACCAUGACUGCCUCGUUAAAAACCUUAACUAGAAAAAACCCUGUGGGAUAAAAAUCUAGUUUAAGGAAAAAAGAGUGCAGCACAGGCCCUUCUUUGAUUUUUCCACUUUUUUUACGGCUGCAUUUCCCGAAUUUUUCUGCUUUUUGGCAGCCACUUUGUGCACGUGGCCCCUGUUGUGUGGAUUCUUGGUAUGGCAGGCCCUUUUGGUUCAAACCCCUAUUUUCUUGGGAUUUUAUGCAAUUUAUCCUUUUGGCUUGUUGGGGCUUUCUUUGAGUUUCCCGAUUCUUCCUUUUCAUUUUUUGUUUGACUUCCUCUUGAUUUCUUUUUGUUUUCCCUUGAUUCUUCUUUUUCUUCUUUUGUCUUCUUCUUUUUUUGAGAAAGGUUUCUCAGAUCUUGUGGCUUGAUCAGGCCGGUGAUCCUGCUAUGGCCGGUAAUCCCUCUGCCUCUGGUUCUAUUCCAACUUCUGCUUUUGGUUCCGUUCCGGUGACUGUUUCCGAUUCUGUUCCGGUUGUGGCUUCCAGCUUUGUUCUGAUCUCUGCUUCUGGGUUUAUUCCGCCUUCUGCUUCCGGCUCUGUUCUGGUCUCUGCCUCUGGUGGUUCUGUUCCGGUUGUUGUUUCCGGUUCUUCCGUUGAUGACGUGGGUGUCCUUCCCUUUUCUUCUGCGCCGGAGCCUUUUGAUAUUUUUUGCUUUCCCCUCAAUGCGGAUGGGAAGUUUGUUGUGAAGGGCGCUUUACGUCAUGUGGAGAGGGAUCCCGUGGUUCCUUCCCUUCUUACCGAGGUUCCUUCGGUUUCUUCUUCAAAGGGUGGAAAAGUUGUUCUUCCCCUAGGCUCGACGAAGAUAUUCUGUGAUCUUGACAAAGUGUCUUGGGUUACCAGUAGUUGUGAUGUAGAUGAGAUUAGGGAGUAUUUAUAGAAAGAAUUUGAUAGAUCCGCAGGUUUUUCUUCCUCAGCAUCCGGCGGGCCACGCGGUAGUUCAAUGCCUUCCUCCUGAUAUGUGCGUGUAUAAGGAUCAAUUUGCAUGUGGGUUGCGUUUUCCUCUUGCCUUGCUUUGUGCUUUUUAUUAAGACUAUAUACAUGGAAAAUAUGUUUUCUUAUUUUCUGAGAUUUGUCUUAUCCUUUGUGGUGCAUCUUGCGUGGCUUUUAUUUGGGUAUUUAUGUACACCCAAGUUUGCUCACGGUCUGUUUCCUGUGUAACUUUUACUUGGAUAUUUGUGUACAUCCAAAUUUGCUCGUAGCUUUAUUGUUUGUCUGUGUAACUUCUGCUUGGGUAUUUAAUGUACACCCAAACUUGCCCAUAGCUUCUCUUGCGUAACUUUUGCUUGGAUAUUUAUGUACAUCCAAAAUUGCUCGCAGCUUUAUUGUUUGUCUGUUUAACUUCUGUUUGGCUUUUUGUUUGUCUGUGUAACUUCUGCUUGGGUAUUUAAUGUACACCCAAACUUGCUCACAGCUUCUUUUUGCUUGCGUAACUUUUUCUUGGAUAUUUAUGUACAUCCAAACUUGCUCGCAGCUUUUUUGUUUGUCUGUGUAACUUCUGCUUGGGUAUUUAAUGUACACCCAAACUUGCUCACAGCUUCUUUUUGCUUGUGUAACUUUUGCUUGGAUAUUUAUGUACAUCCAAACUUGCUCGCAGCUUUUUUGCUUUGUGACUUUUUGUCUCAUAACUCUUGUUAGACUUGUGCAUCUUGUAAUUGAAUUCCUCUGCUUGGAGCUUUUUGGCCUAUGUGGCCUUCUCCCAAAAGUUUCUCAAGAGAAAUAAUUUGAUUCAUCAUUUGAUGUGGUUGAAUGUGAUUGUAACAAAGCUUCUUCAAAUAUGGAGGUAGUUGUAUCUUGACUGUUUUCUAUCUUUGGUACUUUCAUUAUCUAUAUCUUUUUCUAUUUUCUGCUUUCUUUCUGAAUUUGAUGUUUCUUGUGCUUCUUUUACUGCCGCCCUUUCUUUUGCUCUGAUGUAUCCUUCCGCCCUUCUUAAGAGAUCAUUAAGGCUGGUGCGUUCUCGCUUGUUUAGAGAUCUAUAGAAACUUGAGUUUUUAAGUCCGUCCAUUAGAGCAUGCAUUGCCAUGCUUUGGUCCAAUCGUUCUACUUGCACAGUUUCGUUGUGAAAUCUUGCUAUGU